CGACGCAGCAGCUGUCAGCUCCAUUUUGUUGUUGGUGCGCGACGCAGUCAGCUGCGUGAUUCCUGUUAUUGCGUUACAAGCUUUGUCUCCUUCGACUUGGAGUCUUUCUCCAGGACGGUAAGACGCAGGAGGGAGCGGACUAGGUGACAGGGCCGUUCCUGUGAGCCUCGCGGGCGCCUGGCGAUGCCCCCUCUUCCCGCUUGUUUGCUGCCCGCCGUCCCCGGCGCGACGACUGCCUGCUCCCUUCCCUCCCAGGCUGCACAAUGGCGGCGCGCCCCUCUUUCCUGCGCGGCCGAGCCCGUCGCCGCCGGAUCCGGCCUGCGGGGGUAGUUACGGUGUUUGCUAGGCCGGCCGCCAUUUUGGAGCGUCCGCCCCUCCGCUGAGGGAGCGGCGCCGCCUGACGCGGGAGGGUCGGGCGGGCGCCAUGUUGUGGACCGCCUCGGCGGAGCUGUAAGAUGGCGGUUGGGCGGAGGCCGGCCUGGGCCCUGUGGCCGGAAAGGCGAGGCUGCCUGUUGUGGGUGGGGUUUGCUGGGGUUCCAGAAUGUGCGUGAGCCACGCAGCUUUGGGGAAAUGUCUGGAGCAAGUGGAGAAAGAGACGGAACCGAUGAGACACUCAAAGAGAACUUACUGUCCUGACUGGGAUGACAAGGAUUGGGAUUAUGGAAAAUGGAGGAGCAGCAGCAGUCAUAAAAGAAGGAAGAGAUCACAUAGCAGUGCCCGGGAGAACAAGCGCUGCAAAUACAAUCACUCUAAAAUGUGUGACAGCCAUUAUUUGGAAAGUAGGUCUAUAAAUGAGAAAGAUUAUCAUAGUCGACGCUACAUUGAUGAGUACAGAAAUGACUACACUCAAGGAUGUGAACCUGGACAUCGCCAAAGAGACCAUGAAAGCCGGUAUCAGAACCAUAGUAGCAAGUCUUCUGGUAGAAGUGGAAGAAGUAGUUAUAAAAGCAAACACAGGAUUCACCACAGUACUUCACAUCGUCGUUCACAUGGGAAGAGUCACCGAAGGAAAAGAACCAGGAGUGUAGAGGAUGAUGAGGAGGGUCACCUGAUCUGUCAGAGUGGAGACGUACUAAGUGCAAGAUAUGAAAUUCUUGAUACUUUAGGUGAAGGAGCUUUUGGAAAAGUUGUGGAGUGCAUCGAUCAUAAAGCGGGAGGUAGACACGUAGCAGUAAAAAUAGUUAAAAAUGUGGAUAGAUACUGUGAAGCUGCUCGCUCGGAAAUACAAGUUCUGGAACACUUGAAUACAACAGACCCCAACAGUACUUUCCGCUGUGUCCAGAUGUUGGAAUGGUUUGAGCAUCAUGGUCACAUUUGCAUUGUUUUUGAACUACUGGGACUUAGUACUUACGACUUCAUUAAAGAAAAUGGUUUUCUACCAUUUCAACUGGAUCAUAUCAGAAAGAUGGCGUAUCAGAUAUGCAAGUCUGUGAAUUUUUUGCACAGUAAUAAGUUGACUCACACAGACUUAAAGCCUGAAAACAUCUUAUUUGUGCAGUCUGACUACACAGAGGCAUAUAAUCCCAAAAUAAAACGUGAUGAACGCACCUUAAUAAAUCCAGAUAUUAAAGUUGUAGAUUUUGGUAGUGCAACAUAUGAUGAUGAACAUCACAGUACAUUGGUAUCUACAAGACAUUAUAGAGCACCUGAAGUUAUUUUAGCCCUAGGGUGGUCCCAACCAUGUGAUGUCUGGAGUAUAGGAUGCAUUCUUAUUGAAUACUAUCUUGGGUUUACCGUAUUUCCAACACAUGAUAGUAAGGAGCAUUUAGCAAUGAUGGAAAGGAUUCUUGGACCUCUACCAAAACAUAUGAUACAGAAAACCAGGAAACGUAAGUAUUUUCACCACGAUCGAUUAGACUGGGAUGAACACAGUUCUGCCGGCAGAUAUGUUUCAAGGCGUUGUAAACCUCUGAAGAACACCUGCUCUCUGGCAACUCCCUGUUGGAGGGCUACCUUUUGGAAUCCAGUCACCAUGCUGCGAGAAGCCUGUCACACAGAAAGACUACAUGUAAGUAACCUUUGGAAAGCCCUGAUCUUCAAGUCAUCUCAAGUCAGAUGCUAAUGACUCCAAGCCUCUGUCAUUUGAGUUACUUCCCUUAUUGAACCACAGAAUCUGUGAGCAUAAUAACAUGGUUAUUGUUUUGUGCCACUGAACUUUAGCAUAUAGCAACAUAUAACUGAAAUAAGUUCUUGGGAUUGGAACUGCUGAAUCAAAAAAUAUGUUCAUCGUGGCCAGGCACAGUGGCUCACACCUAUAAUCCUAGCACUUUGGGAGACUGAGGUGGAUGGAAUGCCUGAGCUCAGGAGUUCAAGACCAGCCUGGGCAACAUGGUGAAACCCUAUUAGCCGGGCGUGGUGGCGGGCGCCUAUAGUCCCAGCUCCUUGCGAGGCUGAGGCAUGAGAAUAGCUUGAACCCAGGAGGCAGAGGCUGCAGUGAGCUGAGAUCAUCCCACUAUACUCCAGCCUGGGCAACAGAGCAAGAGUCUGUCUCCAAAAAAAAAAAAUUUUUUUUUCAUUUAUAAUUCUGACCCAGUGCCAGUUGCUUCUUAUCAAUCAUUGAUUCAAAAAUAAAUAAGAAAUCUGGCUGGGCAUGGUGGCUCACAUCUGUAAUCCCACCUUUGGGAGGCUGAGGUGGGCUGAUCACAUGAGGUCAGGAAUUUGAGACCAGCCUGGCCAACAUGGCGAAACCCCGUCUCUACUAAAAACACAACAAAUUAGUCAGGCAUGGUGGCACACACCUGUAAUUCCAGCUACUCGGGAGGCUGAGACACAAGAAUUGCUUGAACCCGGGAGGUGUAAGUUGCAGUGAGCCAAGAUUGCACUACUGCACUCCAGCCUGGGUGACAGAGUGAGACUUUGUCUCAAAAUAAAUAAAUAAAUAAAUAAAUAAAGGCUGGGUGCGGUGGCUCACGCCUGUAGUUCCAGCACUUUGGGAGGCUGAGGCAGGUGGAUCACCUGAGGUCAAGAGUUCAAGACCAGCCAGUCUCUACUAAAAAUACAAAAAUUAGAAUGGUGUCAUUGCACAUGCCUGUAAUCCCAGCUACUUGGGAGGCUGAGGCAGGAGAAUUGCUUGAACCUGGGAGGUGGAGGUUGCAGUGAGCCAAGACUGUGCCAUUGCACUCCAUCCUGGGCAGCAGAGUGAGACGCCACCUCGAAAUAAUAAUAAGUAAAAUAAAAAAUAAAUAGAAAAUCUGAAUAGACCUAUAACAAGAAAUUGAAUUUGUAAUACAAAAAUUUUGCACAAAGAAAAACUCAGGCCUAGAUGCCUUCUCUGGUGAAUUCUCUGGUCAAAGCCCUAAUCUCCACAGUCUAGAGCUACAUGCUACAGAGCACACAGCUCUGCCUAGUGCUGACACCAGACCAACACAGAGGGAGCUGGGCAGGCAGCAACAGGCCCAUGAACAUGGACCACAGCAUCUGAGACUGUCAGUGCAUGAGGAAUUAAGGAAGCAAAUAUAGUAUCAAAAUACCAAAAGUGCACAGGUUGAUCAAAUAAAAAAAGAACAUUGUAACGAAGAGCCCCGUGGUGGGUGUUUCUAGAGGGCUUUUGGCAAGCCUGGCAGCCAGGGAAGGAUCUUCAGCCUGUACAGAGGCCUUUCCACGCAGCAGCUUUCGACAUGCUCAACAUUAAAGCUUUUUUUUUACUCUUAUUGCCCAGGCUGAGUGCAGUGGCAUGAUGAUGACUCACUGCAAUCUUGAUUUUCAGGGCUCAAGUGAUCCUCCCACCUCAGCCUCUCAAGAAGCUGGGACCACAGGACCAAGAAGCCUCCCAAGAAGCAUGCCACCAUGUCCUGCUACUUUUUUGUAGAGAUAUGGUCUCAGUCUCGCUAUGUUGCCCAGGCUGUUCUCCAACUCCUGAGCUCAAGCCAUCCACCUGCCUCGGCCUUACAAAGUGUUGGGAUUACAGGCGUGAGCCAUCACUCUGGCCAACAUUAAAGCUUUUUUUCCCUCCCAUUAAAAACUCGGGGAAUGGGCCAGGCACGGUGGCUUACACCUAUAAUGUGGAACACCUGGUUGGUCAGCCCAGUGCCCUUGGCCCUGUCACUGGCGCAGGCGCAGGCAUAACAUAAGCUUGGGGUGGCCGGCUUGGCCUUGGGGGCAGCUUUGGUGGGGUCACACCAGGUCUGUGUGGUCCAGCUUGAGCAGCUCCAGCCACUGGGUCAGUGCCAGCUUCUGCAGGAUGACCAUGUGCAGCAGUGAGUUCAGUGCCUUCUCAUCCUCUGCAGCUGACAGCUGCUGCUGCAUCUCCUCCAGCUGUGAUGUACUCAUUUCACCCGGUGGCAAACUGGCGCACAGUGAGGAGAAGGUGGCCGCGUCCUCCUCAGAGGUGAGCACCUGGAGCUCAUUGCAGAGCUUCAUCCUGGUCUUGGUAACCAUGGUCUUCUCCUUCUCAUACUUGCCCUUCAGCUUGGAGAGGGCCAUCUUGGCUGCCUGCUGGCUGGCCUGCAGCACAGUGCGCAGCGUGGUGAGCUGCUCCCACUUGGUGCUGAGCAGCGACUUCAACUUGAGGAUCUCUUCCAUGAGAGCCUCCUUGAACUUGUCCGUGGUUGGGCCCAGCUCUUGCAAGGUGAUGCGCCGCCACAACAGCUCCAUUAUGUAGUUCACAGCUGCCUGCAGGUGCUUGAUCUGGUGGCAGAUGAUACGAAUCAGGUGGUAGAUAUUCAUGGGUUCCCAGCAUGGGUCACCCAGGGGCGAUGGCAGCGAGGAGCUACGUGAAGGGCUGAUGUCCCUGGUCUCGCUGUGUGCUUGGCCUGCCUCUGCAGCCAGCAGCGCCUUGGGUAGGAGGAUGGAGGAGUUGCCCGUGGGGCUGGUGCAGCUGGCCCCGCCCUGGCCCUCAGGUAGUAGUCCCCCAUGACAGAGCUGGGCCUCCAGUUGUUUCACAUGCAUACGUGAUGGUAGGGGUUGGUCAGCUCCUCACUGAAGAUCACCAGCUCAUCCUGGGCCACACUCAGGCUGGCCCUGCGUCUCACCGGCAAUGUUGCUCACUUUCAGCAACUUCUCCAGCUGGGCCAGCGCUGGCAGCUGGCCUUCUCUACCAGGGAGACCUCCGCAGUGAGCGCCUGGACUUUGGCCUUGUAUAGGCCCUCUCCUCAGCGUGCUGGGUCUCGCGGGCCUCAUGCCUGCUGCGCAGUGCCCUGAGCUGCUCUUGGAGCUCGCCAGCCUCGGCAAUGGUACAGCCACAUGGUACCUGCAGGCCAGGAUCUUGCCCGUUGAUUUCCACCUCGUAGUAGUCACCAUCCGUGAUGUCGCAGUCCCUCUCGUUGUCCUGGGCUAUCUGCGACACCUUGCAGGUUCAAAGUGGGUUAUGAAGCAGUGGAGACAACUUGUAACAUCAACAACGCAUUUGGCCCAGGAACUGCUAAUGAACAUACAGUGCAGUAGUGGUUCAAGAAGUUUUGCAAAGGAGAUGAGAGCCCUGAACAUGAGGAGCAUAGUGGCCAGCCGUGGGGAGUUAACAACGACCAAUUGAGAGCAAUCAUCGAAGCUGAUCCUCUUACAACUACACGAGAAGUUGCUGAAGAACUCGACAUCGACCAUUCUUUGGUCACUCGGUAUUUGAACCCAAUUGGAAAGGUGAAAACACUCAGUAAGUGGGUGCCUCAUGAGCUGACCACAAAUCUAAAAAAUCACUGUUUUGAAGUGUUGUCUUUUCUUAUUCUACGCAACAACAAUGAAUCAUUUCUCAAUUGGAUGGUGAUGUGUGAUUAAAAGUGGAUUUUAUAUGACAACUGGCAACAACCAGCUCAGUGGUUGGACUGACAAGAAGCUCCAAAGCACUUCCUAAAGCCAAAGUUGCACCAAAAAAAAAAGGUCAUGGUCACUGUUUGGUGGUCUACUGCUGGUCUGAUCCACUACAGCUUUUUGAGUCCCAGCAAAACCAUUACAUCUGAGAAGAAUGCUCAGCAAAUCAAUGAGUUGCUCUGAGAAUGCAAUGCCUGCAGUUGGCAUUGGUCAACAGAAAGGAUGCAAUUCUCCACGACAAUGCCUCACUGCACGUCUCACCACCACCACUUCAAAAUUUGAAUGAACUGGGCUACGAAGUUUUGCCUCAUCUGCCAUAUUCACCUGGCCUCUCGCCAACUGACUAUCACUUCUGCAAGCAUCUCAACAACUUUUUGCAGGGAAAAUACUUCCACAACCAGUAGGACACAGAAAAUGGUUUCCACGAGUUUGUCAAAUACCAAAACAUGGAUUUUUACACUACGGGAAUAAACAAACUUAUUUCUCAUUGGCAAAAUGUGUUGAUUGUAAUGGUUCCUAUUUUGAUUAAUAAAGAUGUGUUUGAGCCUAGUUACAAUGAUUUAAAAUUCAGGGUCUAAAACUGCAAUUACUUUUGCACCAACUUAAUAGAAUGAGUUUGGAAAUAUUCCCUCUGACUUUAUUUGUUGGAAUAGUUUGAGUAGGAUUGGUAUUAGUUCUUCUGUAAAUGUUUGGUAAAAUUCAUAAAUAAAGCCAUUGGGUCCUGGA